AUGGCGGAUGGUGAGGAGCCAAUGGCUGUUGAUGGUGGGUGUGGGGACACUGGAGCCUGGGAAGGUCGCUGGAACCAUGUAAAGAAGUUCCUCGAGUGACCUGGACUCUUCACACACCCUGAUUUCGAACCGAGCACUGAAUCUCUUCAGUUUUUGUUAGAUACAUGUAAAGUUCUAGUGAUUGGAGCUGGCGGCUUAGGAUGUGAGCUCCUGAAAAAUCUGACAUUGUCUGGUUUCAGACAGAUUCAUGUCAUAGACAUGGAUACUAUAGAUGUUUCUAAUCUCAAUAGACAGUUUUUAUUUAGGUCUAAAAAUGUCGGAAGACCUAAAGCUGAAGUUGCUGCAGAAUUUCUAAAUGACAGAAUUCCCAAUUGCAAUGUAGUUCCACAUUUCAACAAGAUUCAGGAUUUUAAUGACACUUUCUAUCGACAAUUUCAUAUAAUUGUAUGUGGACUGGACUCUAUCAUAGCCAAAAGAUGGAUAAAUGGCAUGCUGAUAUCCCUUCUAAAUUAUGAAGAUGGUGUUUUAGAUCCAAGCUCCAUCGUCCCUUUGAUAGAUGGGGAGACAGAAGGUUUUAAAGGAAAUGCCCGAGUAAUUCUACCUGGAAUGACUGCUUGUAUUGAAUGCACAUUGGAACUGUAUCCACCACAGGUUAAUUUUCCCAUGUGCACUAUUGCAUCUAUGCCCCGGCUACCAGAACACUGUAUUGAGUAUGUAAGGAUAUUGCAGUGGCCUAAGGAGAAGCCUUUUGGAGAAGGGGUUCAGUUAGAUGGAGAUGAUACUGAUCAUAUUCAGUGGAUUUUCCAAAAAUCCCUGGAGAGAGCAUCGCAAUAUAAUAUUAGGGGUGUUACAUAUAGACUCACUCAAGAGGUAGUAAAACGAAUCAUUCCUGCAGUCGCUUCCACAAAUGCAGUCAUUGCAGCUGUGUGUGCCACUGAGGUUUUCAAAAUAGCCACAAGUGCAUAUAUUCCUCUUAAUAACUACUUGGUAUUCAGUGACGUAGAUGGACUGUAUACAUAUACAUUUGAAGCAGAGAGAAAGGAAAACUGUCCAGCUUGUAGCUAACUUCCUCAGAAUAUUCAGUUUUCUCCAUCAGCUAAACUACAGGAAGUUUUGGAUUACCUAACUAAUAGUGCUUCUCUGCAGAUGAAAUCUCCAGCCAUCACAGCCACGUUAGAGGGGAAAAAUAGAACACUUUACUUACAGUCAGUAACCUCUAUUGAGGAACGAACAAGGCCAAAUCUCUCCAAGACAUUGAAAGAAUUGGGACUCGUUGAUGGACAGGAACUGGCAGUUGCUGAUGUCACUACACCACAGACUGUACUAUUCAAGCUUCAUUUUACUUCUUAAGGAAAAUAAAUUUACACAUAAUAGAACACACAGAUAAACUUCAUGGAUGCUGAGAAAUUUAAUUGGUGUCAUUUUUAGUAUUAGUGUUGCUAGGAUUUGACUUUUAUAUAUAUAUA